UUUGAAUGAAAUUAACAACAUAGUGAAUUUUAAUUAGUAGUAAAUUUAACCAGUAUUGGUAGCAGAAAACAGAAUUGGCGGUGACAUAGGCCUAGAACAAACAUUUAAAAUGGCAUUUUUUAAAUGGUACAGAUACUGCAGCCACACGUAUCCAAUACGGACCAAUCUUAUUCAGACAGGUUUUUUGUUUGGUGUUGGUGAUUUAAUAGCUCAAAGUGCAGUUGAAAAGUGUAAACCUGAUGAAAUUGAUUGGUUACGUAUGGUGCGCUUUGCAUCUAUUGGGUGUGCAGUUGGACCAACACUUAGUAUGUGGUACAAAUCAUUGGACAGAUUGGGAACUAAUAACACAAUACCAAUAAUUACUAAGAAAAUAUCAGUCGACCAAUUGAUUGCAUCGCCAAUUAUUAAUGGAGCUGUAUUAAUGAUGAGUAGAGUGUUUAAUGGUGAUAAAUGGCCACAAAUUCAAAAUAAGCUAGAAGACGACUUUGUGAAAGUUAUGCUCACUAGUUAUUUGAUUUGGCCAGCUGUACAAACAUUUAAUUUCAUUAUUGUCCCACUACAAUACAGGGUUUUAGCUGUACAAAUAGUGUCAUUAGCUUGGAAUAUAUACCUUUCAUUUGUGAGUGCUGGUGGUGGAAAAUCAAAAUGAUCAUAACAUUUUUAAUAAAAUGUCUAUGCAUCAAUGUACUCUAAAGAAUUCAGAACGAGAACUGAACAAAAGCUAUUCAAUUUUAUAAAUUAUUAUAAAUAAUUACAAUUUACAUUAUAGAAUAAUAUUAUUUUUCUGGUAGGUAUAUAUUAUAAUAUGUACUGAUAAAUUAUAAAUCAAAAUAUUUACAUUGCAUUGUUAUAAAUUAUUAUAGGCAUUUGCCCCUGUAUAAAAAUUAUUUUAUUUUUAUAUAAUAUUAACAUAACACAAUUGAGAGCUGUUAAUUGUUAUUACAAACUCAGUGUCGGUCCAUCAGUUGCCAGCCAGUUGUAUCCUGUAUUCAUGUUUAAUAAUUUUUGUUUAUAAUUUUUUUUUGUAUAUUUUUUUACAAUUACUAUACCUUUUAACUAUAGUAUAUU